AUGUCUGGAAAAGGUGGUAAAGCUGGUUCUGCUGCUAAGGCUUCUCAAUCUAGAUCUGCCAAGGCUGGGUUGACUUUCCCAGUUGGUAGGGUUCACAGAUUGUUGAGAAAGGGUAACUAUGCUCAGAGAAUUGGUUCAGGUGCUCCAGUUUAUCUAACUGCUGUGUUGGAAUAUUUGGCUGCCGAAAUAUUGGAAUUGGCCGGUAAUGCUGCUAGAGACAAUAAGAAGACCAGAAUUAUUCCAAGACAUUUGCAAUUAGCUAUCAGGAAUGAUGAUGAAUUGAAUAAGUUAUUGGGUAACGUUACUAUUGCGCAAGGUGGUGUUUUGCCAAACAUUCAUGCCAAUUUGUUACCAAAGAAGUCUGCCAAGGCUGCCAAGGCUUCUCAGGAAUUGUAA